UAUUUAUUGGUAGGAGAGGUCUUGCGUCGUCGUCAGUUUCCUCAUCGCCCCUUUUCCCCCAUUGACUUAAUUACAGGAGAAGCAUUCUUCGUUAAAAAUUCCCAUUUUCCAUUGCCUCAAGAUCCACCGACGCGACAAUGUCUUCCUCUCCGGCCAUACUUCCCAUCUCCAAUCCUCAAUCCACCGCCGUCCUCUCCGCUACAUCCGGCGGUUCUCUCCAAUCUCAAGGCCCUGUCACUACGCCGGCCUUCCGCGUCUUCAUUAACCACAUAUCGGAAUCUCUCCGGCACGGCCUCUCCCAGCGAAAACCAUGGGCCGAACUUGCGGAUCGGACGGCAUUUUCAAAGCCCGAAUCAUUAUCCGAAGCGACCUUGCGAAUUCGCAAGAAUUACUCCUAUUUUCGCGUCAAUUAUCUCGCUGUGGUUGCUCUGAUCCUUGGCUUUUCUCUCGUUUCUCAUCCGUUUUCCCUUAUUCUUCUGCUCGGGCUUUUAUCCUCGUGGAUAUUCCUCUACCUCUUCCGUCCGUCGGAUCAGCCGCUGGUUGUAUUCGGCCGCACAUUCAAGGACAGUGAAACCCUAAUUCUCCUGGUUUUGCUCAGCGUGUUCGUCGUGUUCCUCACCAGCGUUGGAUCGGUCCUCGUUUCGGCUCUUUUGGUCGGUGUGGCUCUGGUUUGUGCCCACGGCGCGUUUAGAGUUCCCGAAGAUCUCUUCCUGGACGAACAAGACAAUGUAACCCCCGGAUUUCUCUCGUUCUUUAGCAGCGCGGCUUCCAGCGCUGCCGCUGCCGCCGUGCCUGCGGCUGCUCGCACGUGAUUCGAGUAGACCAGGGGAUGGAACCGCCUUCGCUUCGGUAUCAGUAAAUGCAUUAAAUCUUGAAAAUUGGCGUAGACGAAAUAAGAUGCAGGUUUUUUCUUUUUCUUUUGUGCAAAAUUUCAUAUUAACGAUCCGUUCAUUUACCUUGAGAUAGAAUAUAAUACUCCGUUAGGCUGUCUAUGGAUUCAAUUUUUUCCCUUCUUCUUAUACCGUGGAUAUUGCAGUUCGAAUUUUGUUAUAACACAGUGUGAAUUUCAUUCUUU